AUGUCGGACGUUAAAGCGCAUGAGGAGGUGCAUGGCAUCUCCACUGCUCUUGAGGAUCCGGCUCGUGUUGUCGCCGGCUAUGGUGAAACUACCAAACGUCAGGGUGCAAAAACCAAAGAAGUCCACAAUGCGGAUCUGUUUGCUGCUAUUGAGGAGACAAAUAUCGAAAGAUGGAGCAAAGAAUCGCUUCAUUUGUACUUCUGUAUCUUCGUCGCUUUCUGCUGUGCUUGUGCAAACGGAUACGAUGGAUCUCUAAUGGGUUCUAUUCUCGCCAUGGAUCACUACCAAGAUGUCUUCAACACUGGUAUGGAUGGACCUAAGGUCUCCGUUGUCACUUCGCUCUAUACUGUUGGUUCUAUCGUCGCUACCCCGUUCAGUGCUGUUAUUUCCGACAAGCUUGGACGUCGCAAGUGCAUGUUCGUCGGCGCAUGGGUUAUCAUCAUCGGUUCCGUUAUAAUUGCUAGUGGCAUGACAUUGGCACAGUUCGUUGUCGGUCGCUUUGUUCUCGGUGUGGGAAUCCAGAUCAUGGUGGUCUCGGCCCCAGCUUACGCCGUCGAAAUCGCGCCACCUCACUGGCGUGGUCGUGCUGUUGGUUUCUACAACUGUGGUUGGUUUGGUGGUUCCAUUCCUGCGGCCGCUAUCACGUACGGUUGCAACUUUAUCGGCAACAAUUACCAGUGGAGAAUUCCCUUCAUCUGCCAGUGCUUCGCUUGCCUCAUUGUUAUUUGCUCCGUAUGGUUUAUCCCCGAGUCUCCUCGUUGGCUCAUGACCCAAGGACGUCACGAAGAGGCUGUUGCUUUCCUGACCAAGUAUCACGGCAAUGGCGAUCCUAAUGCCCGACUUGUUCGUCUUGAGGUCGAAGAGAUGAAAGAAGGUAUCCGCAUCGAUGGAAUUGAUAAGAGGUGGUGGGAUUACCGACCUUUCGUUACGACACACAGUGGUCGCUGGCGUUUCGCCCAAGUUAUCAUGAUUUCCAUCUUUGGACAGUGGUCUGGAAACGGUCUUGGUUACUUCAACGCAACGAUCUUCAAGGUUAUUGGAUACGAAGAGAGCUCUACACAAUUGUUGCUUAACCUGGUCAACUCCAUUGUUUCAGCCAUUGGCGCCCUGGCAGCCGUGGCUUUGACUGAUAAGAUGCGACGUCGCCCGGUGCUCAUCUUCGGUACUUUCGCAUGCGCUGUGGCUCUGGCAAUCAACGCCGGUAUUCUCCAGGAGGUUGCCAACCACGGGACAAUUGGAAAAUCUAAGGGUCAAGCUGCUCUGGCUUUCUACUACCUGUUCAAUGUCGUCUUCUCGUUCACCUACACUCCCCUCCAGGGUGUCAUUCCCGCCGAAGCGCUGGAAACUACUACUCGUGCUAAAGGUCUGGCUCUUUCUGGCUUUAUGGUGAGCAGCAUUAGUUUCAUCAGUCAGUUCGCGACGCCCAUUGGUAUGGCAAACAUCUCUACCAACUACUUCUGGAUUUUCGUCGGCUGGGACGUUCUCGAGUCUGUGUUCUGGUACUUCUUCUGUGUCGAAUCUCAAGGUCGAACCUUGGAAGAGUUGGAGUGGGUGUACCAACAGCCCAAUCCGGUUAAGGCAUCCCAGAAUGUGGACAAGAUUGUUGUGCAGAGUGAUGGUACUGUUACCGAAAAGAUUGAGGACGAUGUCUGA